AUGUUGCCUUCAACUCGGCUUUUGCCUUGUGAAAAUCGUUCUUUGAUCUCGUUAGCUUUCCGCUUUCUCACCCUUUCUUCUUUUCUUCUCUUCGUCCUUCGCCUACUCUUAGUCCUUUUGUUCUCCUUCCAUCUUUUCUUCAUCUUUCUCCUGUUUACUAUCUUCUUUACUUUUCUCCUUUUUUUUAAAUCUUUUCUUUCUCCUUCUAUUAUUUUUGUCGUCUUCUUCUUCAUUUCCUUCCAUCUUCUUUCGCUUCCUCUUCUUUCUUCUAUUUUUUUAUUCUCCCUCUCUUCCCUUCUUUUAAAAAUCUCCUUCUUUCUCCUUGUUUAUUUUUUUCAUAAUUUUUCUUUCCCCAUCUCGUCUUUAUUCUCUUCUUCUUCCCCUUUCUCCUUUGCUAUACUUUCAUCUUUGUUCUCUUCUUCCUUCUCCUUGACUCUGUUCUUCCUCCUUCUCUUAUUCUCAUUUCUUUUCUUUCUCUUCCUUGUCUAUUCGUUGUCUCUUUUACUCACUCAUUGUUCUUUUUCUUCUCAUUCUUCUUCUUCUUCUUUCUUUUCUCAUUCUUCUUCGGUUGUACCUCUUUCUCUUCUUCAAUUUGUAUUUCCCCCUACUCUUCAUCUUUUUAAAUCUUUACUUCCUCUUAAUCCUAUUUUGUCGUUUCUUAUUCUUCUUGAUGUUGAAUCUUUCUUCUUCUUCUUUUCUCCUCCUCCUCCUUCUUCUUCUUCUUUACUACUCCCCUGUUUUAUUCGUUUCUUUUUCCUUGUCAUCUUGAACUUUUUUCUCCUACACGCUAAUUAUUUCUUUGCCUCUUCUUUUUUUUUACCCCUUCUUGUCCCCACUUUCUUCUUUCUCUUUUUCAUUUGUGCUUUCUCUUCCUUUGUUCUUCUUUAG